GGGCCAGACGCUGGGAUGUAGGGGCGAGUGGGCAGUUCUGAUCCCGAGUGAAUGAAUUUCUGGGACAGAAUAACCCACUCCAGACUCAGUUUCCUUUUCUGCACAAUGUGACUAUUACGAAUACUUGGUGCCUUUUUUUUUUUUUUUAAAGCUGUUAAUACUUCGUGUGUAAGGAAUACCCUGUGAGGGUCGCAGAGAGCCCAGCCUUGCCGCCGGGCCUUUGGACUGGUUCCUAAGGCACAGAGUUUGGAGUGGAAGAGGAAAGAGCCGGCCUAGUUAGCCUCCAAGCCUUCUGCCCCUCACACUCGGGAUCCCCGUUCUGAAUUUGAUACUUGCUCGUUUUUUUGUGUGCAAUGACACAAUAUCCUGUAACUAUGGAAGACUGUGUGCCCGCCGAAAGUCUGGGACAAGUUUAAGGAGAGAGAGCUCGUCCCACCUCUGCUCUGCAGAAAAUGAACAAGUCCCAGGAGCAAGUGUCAUUCAAGGAUGUGUGUGUGGAUUUCACCAAGGAAGAGUGGUAUUUGCUGGACCCUGCUCAGAAAGUGCUUUACAGAGAUGUGACCCUGGAGAACUAUAGCAACUUUGUCUCAGUAGGGUAUUGUGUAACUAAGCCAGAUGUGAUCUUCAAGAUAGAGCAAGGAGAAGAUCCCUGGAUACCAGAAAACGGAUUCCAAUGCCACCCAGAAAGGAAAUGGAAAUUGGACGACCUGUUAGAGAGCAGCCAGGAAAACCAAGAUGAACAUUUUUGGCCGUUUGUGCUCACCAACAAGAUCAUACAUGUAGAGAGUGGUGGUAACACAAGAAAAACUUCCAGUCUUGAAAUGGACCCUGUUUCUUCAAGAAGUUAUCUGUUCAAAAUAUGUGACUCGUGUGAAAUGAAUUUAAAGAAUAUUUCAAGUGUAAUUAUCAGUAAAAAGAACCAUUCCAGAAAGAAGCUUAAUGGGUUUAAUAUAAGUGAGAAACCACUCCCAACUAGUAAACAUGAGAAAAGAGAUGGCCUCAGCCUUUGCCAGGGUCUCACUCAGCCAGUUUCUUAUCAGCCUUUGGGGUAUAAUGCAAACGGGCAAGGCAUCCACGAGGAAGUGGCCGUUUGUACAAAUCCGCACUCUCAGCUCGGGGAGGUGCUCUAUGAACACACGGGAUGUGGAAGAACUUUCGUUGACAGUUUGAAGCUCAGUGUGUCUCAGAAAGCGCAUUUGCAUAUGGAGCCACAUGAAUGCAGUAUUUGUAGAAAGUCCUUUUAUGUGGAUUUACAAUUUGGACAUCAGAGAGCUCUUCCAGGAAACAGUCCUUAUGAGCAUAAUGAAUAUGAGAAAAUCUUCUGCGAUGGGUCAGCUUUCAUUGUCCACCAGGAAGCUUACACAAGAAAGAUUGCCCAAGAGUAUAAAGUGAGUAGUAAAACUUGGGCAAAGUCAGCUCUCUUUAAACAUCAGAUUGUGCAGAUGGGGGGAAAACCCUACGCAUACCAUGAAAAUGGGAAACUAUUCAGCAAGAAAUCACAUCCCACCCAGUCUCGAAGAGCUCACUUGGGAGAGAAAACCUUUGAAUGUGGUGAGUGUGGUAAAAUGUUUUGGGAGAAAUCAAACCUUACCCAGCACCAGAGAACACACACAGGAGAGAAACCGUAUGAAUGUUCUGAGUGUGGAAAAGCCUUUUGCCAGAAACCCCAUCUUACCAACCACCAGCGAACACAUACAGGAGAAAAGCCCUAUGAAUGCAAGCAGUGCGGGAAAACAUUCUGUGUCAAAUCAAACCUUACUGAACAUCAAAGAACACACACAGGGGAGAAACCCUAUGAAUGUAAUGCAUGUAGGAAGUCCUUCUGCCACAGGUCAGCCCUCACUGUUCACCAGAGAACACACACAGGGGAGAAACCGUUUAUAUGCAGUGAAUGUGGGAAGUCAUUCUGUGUGAAGUCAAACCUGAUUGUACAUCAGAGGACUCACACAGGGGAGAAACCCUACAAAUGUAAUGAAUGUGGGAAAACGUUCUGUGAAAAAUCAGCUCUUACUAAACACCAGAGAACUCACACGGGGGAGAAACCCUAUGAGUGUAGUGUGUGUGGGAAGACCUUCAGUCAGCGGUCAGUGCUCACCAAGCACCAGAGAAUUCACACCAGGAUGAAGGCCCUUGCAGCUUCCUGAAUGUUGACCUUUCUUAUGCCUGUCACGUCAGUUGUACAGUUUUAAAAAUGAGCUUAGAGACUGCCAAAGAAUACCACAGACUACUAGAAAAUGCCAUUUUGUGGAAGUACAUGAAAGCUUUCAAGAAAGAAAAAACUUUGAUUAGAAAGAUUGUAUUGAAGGGAAAUCAUUCAUAUAAACAAUAUGAUUAAAAAAAUCUAUAGAGUAUAAAUUGUGUAAUGUCUUCCAAAUGUGUUUCAAAAUUGUAUUUUAAAUACAAUGGAUAAUAUUAAUUUUACUUGUAUUCGUAAGAGUAUGGGACUUAAAAGUGAGUGACAAUAGCAUUAAACAUAUAUGUAAAGAACAUCUGAUGUUUUUAGACCUUGUGUGAGUAUGCUAAUGUAAUAUUCAUGUAAUUUAGGAAGUACUUGAUUUAUGUAUUGGAACCCAAUAAGGAUGUGAGGGAAAAAAUAUGAACCCCUAGUAUAAUAACUAUUAUGGUA